CUGAGCACGUGUCGACGGGGGGGCGGGGGAGGGGGCGGAGCAUCGUCAUCCUUUGGCCGCCUGGACGACGCAUAGGAUGCGGCUCGGACCCGGCCUGACCCAGUCGCUACCGGUCUCUGCGGAUGGCGAUGUUGUAACAUUGCGGAUGCGGGGAGUCGACCGUUAGACGGCGUCGCUGACAGCGAACCGGGGACGCGCGUGAUGCCGAGCGGUCCAAAUCGCCGCCUCUAGCCCGGGGGAGAGGGGAAGAGCUCCUCGCUCGUCUUUCGCCGCCUCGCUGUGUUGCGUGUGAGGUGCGCGGGGCGCCGGAUGAUCGCCGGCCGGACACGCUGACAUUCCCAUCUGCGGCCGCGAGGAGCCUGAGGCGGGCUGCCUUGCAGAGAUGCAGGUGAAAAAUCAGAUGUGCGGCGAGCGCAUCAGCGGCGGCGGCGACGAUGACCCGGAGCAGGACGACGUCAGUCAGAAGAAGAUCUCGUGCUUUUCCAACAUCAAGAUCUUCCUGGUGUCGGAAUGCGCGCUCAUGCUGGCGCAGGGUACCGUGGGCGCCUAUCUGGUGAGCGUCCUGACCACGUUGGAGAGGCGCUUCAACCUACAAAGUGCCGACGUGGGCGUCAUCGCCAGCAGCUUUGAAAUCGGGAACCUGGCCCUCAUCCUUUUCGUCAGCUACUUCGGCGCCAAAGCUCACCGGCCGCGGUUGAUUGGCUGCGGCGGUAUCGUCAUGGCGCUGGGGGCGCUUCUGUCCGCCUUGCCCGAAUUCCUCACCCACCAGUACGAGUACGACGCCGGCGACUCGUGGCACGCGGAGGACGGCCGCGACGUGUGCUCCAACAGUUCACGCUCAGACAACAACGACUCGGCCUAUAAGUGCGGCGACCGGGCCAACACCAACAUGAUGUACCUGCUGCUGAUCGGCGCCCAGGUGCUCCUUGGCAUAGGUGCCACCCCUGUCCAGCCUUUGGGGGUGUCCUACAUUGAUGACCACGUCCACAGGAAGGACUCCUCUCUGUAUAUAGGUAUUUUAUUCUCCACCUUAGUGUUUGGGCCCGCGUGUGGCUUCAUCUUAGGUUCCGUCUGUACCAAAGUCUACGUUGAUGCCGUCUUCAUCGACACCAGUAAACUGGACAUUACCCCAGAAGACCCUCGGUGGAUUGGGGCUUGGUGGGGGGGCUUCCUCCUGUGCGGUGCCUUACUCUUCCUGUCGGCCCUCUUCAUGUUCGGCUUCCCUCAGGCACUGGAUGAGCAGGGCCUGGACGGUGGGGGGGAGAGCGAGCAGGCCAUGCUGCCUUCUCCUCUCAGUCUGGACUUCCAGGACAAAGCGCGGGUUGGGAUCCACGGCUUUGACUUGAACAGUGGACUCUCCGUAUGCCAGCAUCUCAGAGUGAUCCCAAGGGUGACCAGGCACCUUUUGUCCAACCCGGUGUUCAGCUGCAUCACGCUGGCUGCCUGCAUGGAAAUUGCUGUGGUCGCCGGUUUUGCCGCUUUCCUGGGCAAAUACCUGGAGCAGCAGUUCAACCUCACCACCUCUUCGGCCAAUCAGCUGCUAGGCAUGACGGCCAUCCCGUGCGCCUGCCUGGGCAUCUUCUUGGGCGGGCUGCUGGUUAAGAAGCUGAACCUUUCGGCCCUGGGCGCCGUGCGUAUGGCCAUGGGUGUCAACCUGGUGUCCACGGCCUGCUACGUCUCCUUUCUCUUCUUGGGCUGCGACACUGGCCCCGUCGCCGGGGUGACGGUCGCCUAUGGUAACGAGACGCUGCGGCACUGGCAGCGACCCGAGUCUCCUUGCAUCAGCAGCUGCAACUGUUACACAGCCUCGGUGAGCCCCGUGUGCGGCUCCAACGCCGUCACCUACCUCUCUGCCUGCUUCGCCGGCUGCACCAAACCAAACCUGACAGGUUGCGCGUGCAUAUCGAGCAGCGUUGAGGAGGCGGUGGCUCUGCCAGGCAAGUGUCCGAGUCCAGGCUGCCAGCAGGCCUUCCUCACCUUCCUGUGUGUCAUCUGCCUGUGCAGCAUGAUCGGCGCCAUGGCCCAGACGCCCUCCGUCAUUAUCCUCAUCAGGACUGUGAGCCCCGACCUGAAGUCCUAUGCCCUGGGGGUCCUCUUCCUGCUCCUGAGACUCAUCGGCUUCAUCCCACCGCCGCUGAUCUUUGGCAUGGGCAUCGACUCGACAUGCCUGUUCUGGAGCUCGGUGUGUGGCGAAAAGGGCGCCUGCCUGCUAUACGACAACGUGGCCUACCGCCACCUGUACGUCAGCAUCGCCAUCGUGCUUAAGUCGUCGGCCUUCCUGCUCUACGCCACCACGUGGCAGUGUUUGAGGCGCAACUACAGGAAGUACAUCAAAAGUAGCGAGGGCUACCUGACGCCCACCGAGCUCUUCUCCUCCAACAUGACUCUGGACCGCCUGGGCAAAGAAGCAGCCCACUCGGAUGCCGCCAGCCGGACCAAGUUCGUCUUCAACUUGGAGGACCAGGAGGUGUCCGACAACAUGGAGUCGGUCUUGUAGUUGCAACAGUGACUCGCCUGGCAGUAUUCUCCUCAUCAAGAGCCUCAUCUUCCUCUUCGCCGCACAGAAAGGUUGCACUAAAAUCAUUUUCAUUUUUUACUGAAGGGUGGACAUACUUGAAAUUAAUUUGAACUUAUUUUUCAAACUUAGCAGCAUUUAUGUCAAGGGUAAUAAUGCCACUGUCCAAUUAAAAGCAUGUAGCUCCACAUUUUUAGCUGC